CUCAUUCCUCAACCCAUUUAUAACAACAACUUCCCACAUCAUUUUCUUGCUCAACCUACCUUCCAAGUAAAACCCCCUCUCUUCUCCACAUUUUCUUCCUUAGCUUAAACUCCUACUUAGGUUCUCACCAUUCAACAAGUUCAUCUUACUUAUGGCCUCAAGCUCCAUGAGCAAACAAAAGGCUUGUGAUUCUUCUACUUGGAGUCCAAAACAGAACAAGUUGUUUGAGAGAGCACUUGCAAAAUAUGACGAGGACACCCCUGAGCGGUGGCAAAAUGUGUCCAAAGCAGUUGGUGGCAAAUCAGUGGAGGAAGUCAAGAGACACUAUGAGAGACUCUUGGAGGAUCUCAAACACAUUGAGUCUGGCCAUGUUCCCUUUCCCACCUACAAAUCCACAACAAGUGGCUAGCAUCCAUGAAGAAGAGAACAAAUUCUGCUUCCUAACUAAA